GAUGUGUUGCCAUGGAACAAGCAGCGGCAGCCAUGGUAACACCCGGACGCUAAACAACCGGAAGUACCGAGUUAGCAAGAAUAAGCGUGGUGGCCGUUGAGAUUUCAAUUCGAAGCAGUUGAAAAGUAUAUUAUGGACAACCUAAACGUUAUACUACAGAUUGCUUUUAUAGUGCUAAUUUGUGCUUUUGGAUUUACCUGCCAGCAAGACAAAUGUUAGUUUGGUUAGCUUGCUAACUUAGCAACGCCACGAACUGUCUGGUCAAGUACCGAGUUAGCUAACCACAUUAGCAAGAUAACUACUCGUCAACCCUUCUUCCGACAAGCUAUUCGUCAUGGCAUUUUAUGAAGUCUAUUCUCACCCGGUUUUAAUUAGAUACAAAACAAGUGUUUGCACGAAAGCCACGUUGUUUAUUUGUAUGGUCUUGUGCCUCACUUACAUCCCACCCCUUCUGGUUGCGUACAGGAGCCAAGGGUUCUGGGUGAAAAGGAGUACAUACGAAGAGCAACCUGUUGUUCGCUUCCAGUACCAGACUCUGAUAAUUGCAGUAACAAGCACCAGCGGUGAUUAUGUUGCAUGGAGCACUUUUCCCAAUUUUAAUAACAUGCAAGGGGCUCACCUUCGAAUACCUUCUGUCUCUGUGCGAGAGGAAGAUCAGAAUCAGGAUGGAAAGUUGGACCGUCUUAAGUUCAGACUUGACCUUCCCCUUCGGCCUGAAGAGCAAGUGUACAGCAUCCAGCUACUACUGACCUUCUCCUACAAGCUUUUUAGAAUGUCAACUGUUGUGAUGCAGACACUAGCCUUUGUGCAGCAUUCUUCUUCAGUUCCUGGCUCUCAGCUCUUCAUCAUUGGAGAUCUGCGGCUCCAACAGAGAAUCCCACUUCCACACCGUGGUCUCCACACUGUCUACAAUGUAUCAGUAAUUGAUGGAGCAAGUCCAUUUGCAAGCACUUAUGAUCUUGCCAACAUCAUUGGAUCCUAUCAGGAUAGAAACUUAACAACGGUUCUGUCCUGUCCAAAUCCGGUGUGGACUGUGGGUCGCCCUGCUGGAUCACCCUUCCAGAUAAAUGCUGAAGUCCGCUACCCAAUCGAGGUUAUCAGCUAUCGGCCUGGGUUCUGGGAGAUGAUAAAAAACGCCUGGAUCCAGUACGUUAGUGUGCUGCUCAUCUUCCUCUGGGUUUUUAACCGGAUUCAGACCUUUGUUUUCCAGAAUCAGGUGCUGCCCACUCUACCUAUACCACUGAAACCACACUACUCUUGAUUUCAUUAAUUGGUUUGGAGCAUGGACACUCAUAGAUAUAAACAGCACAUUCUCCAAACAACUAGGAUGUCCAGAACAGCUGAAACACAGCAGAACCUGGCCAGACAACUGCUUUGCUUUACUUUGUGGCAAUCUGUGAGCCACAUACUGCUAGCAUGUAAGUGUUAUUUUGCCUACAUAUUAUUUGCGUAACCAUCACUACAUAAACACAAAAGGUACACAGACAUUCAGUUACUUCAAUCAAUUAGCAUUUGUUUUGCAAAUGAACUGUAAUGGAAUAAUUGACUUUAAUUUAGCUAUGUUGCUGGCGCUAUGUGAAUGUAUAAACAUAGCAUUCACAUAGCAUACAUUCAUUGUGGACCGUGAUAAAGACAUUUCUGGUUUCUAUAAUAAAUAGUUUUUCAUUUGUA